CAACCAUGUGAUGGAUGUGGCCGACUAUGUCUUCCCCCAACAGGGUUCAGGUAUCUUCUGCAUCAUGACCAAAGUCAUCGUCACAGAAAAUCAGUCUCAAGGAAAAUGUGCAGAGUUUGGUAGAAAGUUUAAUUGUACCACAGAUAACGACUGCGAAGAGCAUAUCAACAGCGUCCUUGGCAACGGGAUAAUAACAGGUGUUUGCUUGAGGGAUUUCAAAGACAAUAAGACUCGGGGUCAGUGUGAGAUUAAUGGAUGGUGUCCAGCCGAGAACGACCAUGUUGUAAUCAAACCGAUGCUAGAUGUGAACAACUUUACCAUCUUUAUAAAAAACAGUAUUCGCUUUCCACUCUUCGAUGUCACCAGAGGGAACUUUCCCUCCACAAUGACGUCCUCAGAAAUCAGGGAAUGUAAAUACCACCCGGUGACGAACCCCUUCUGCCCCAUAUUUCGUGUGGGGGACGUGCUGAACUACACUGGACAGACCGUGGAAGACCUGGCAGAAAAGGGGGGAGAAAUAGGAAUAAACAUUGCGUGGAAGUGUAACCUGGACAUGGACAUUGAAUAUUGUGUCCCCAAGUACGCAUUCACACGACUGGAUGAACCAUUUUCCAAGAAUGCCGUCUCAAAAGGCUACAACUUCAGAUUUGCCAAAUAUUACAAGACAGUGAAUGGGACUGAUUUCCGGACUCUGCACAAAGCAUUUGCAAUCCGCUUUGAUGUUAUGGUCACUGGCAAUGCAGGAAAGUUUGACACAGUCCCAACACUGAUCAACUUGGUAGCUGCCUUCACCUCUGUUGGACUGGGUACGGUUCUCUGUGAUAUUAUCUUACUGAACUGCUUGAAAGGAGCAAAACAGUACAAAGCCAAGAAGUUUGAAGAGGUGUCGGAUGCUCAGAUAGAAGCAUCCCUCGCUCAGAGUCCAGGCAGCCAGAUGUCACUCAAAGGUAUAAAGAGCUCCUAUGACUCUGGAGCCAUUUCCCUCGCUACCUCUGAUCAACCUAUCUGACCGACAACAACAAUCUGAAGAAAUGGACUUUCCUCUCUCUUUCUCUUUCCCUUAUUGACUCAACACUACAGUUUUAGGUUGACAAGUUUAUGAAAUUGGGUAUAGAAGGACAAGGCUGCUGCCAUCUUUGCAAUUUCGCAACAACAAGGGGGAGUCAGAAGAAAAUUGUUAUUGCCUUUACCUCAUCACAAUAACUUCAACCUCCUGGUUGGCAAAGAUUUAAGAUGAAUGGCAAAUGUUUAGCAUUUAGAUAAAGCUUAGUUUAAACUCCAACCAUUAAACUCAGAGGGAAACAUACUGUAGUAAACUUUGUAUUUUAUUGUAAGCAGUUUCAUUUUACAAGAUAUUUUACAGCUACAAUAAACUGCGACCUGAUGUUUAUUAAACCUGAAAAAAAAACGUUCUAAUUUCUUCUUAAAUUAGGUACUGAGAAUAAAAUAUUUGCGUAACAUUUUGGAGAAUUUCUUUUUCCUGUCCUGUUCACACACUCACCACCCUUCUUCCCAGUCUUGAACAAAUAAAAGC